AGGAAAGUGAGAAUCCAUCACUACGAAACCCCCACACACGACUCCAAAUCCAAUCGCCCUUUACCCUCUUGCGUUCGCGGCCCGACCCUUCCCCUCCUCCGCCUCCUCCUCCUCCCCGAUUCGGUCCCCGAUCCUCCCGAUUCGACGCGCAAUCGCCCGCUCCGCCGGAAUUGUAGGGUUUCUGGGGCGCCUGGGGCGCGGGGUUUGGCGGUGGGUUGAGGGGAUGGAUUCGGAGGACGAUAUGCAUGACGCGAACGAUCUGGAGUCGGUGGAGGACGAUUUCUACAGCGGGGACACGGGGAUGGGCAGCGACGAUGGGGACGCCCACUAUGAUUUCGGCGACAACGAGUCGGAUGAUUCCGAUGACAUCACCUCUCGCCAGCAGCAAAACUAUACUAUUCUGAGUGAGGCUGAUAUUCGGCAACAUCAGGAGGAAGAUAUUAGUAGAGUAUCUACUGUACUUUCAAUACCAAGAUAUGCAGCAUGCAUCCUUCUUCGUCAUUAUAACUGGAGCAUUAGCAGGGUGCAUGAUGAAUGGUUUGCAGAUGAAGAACGUGUUCGAAAGGUUGUUGGUUUGUUGGAGAAGCCAGUGGAAAUGCCGAACGCUAGAGAACUCACUUGUGGGAUUUGUUUUGAAAAUUAUCCUCGUGACUGUAUGAACUCUGCUUCUUGUGGUCAUCCCUUUUGUUGGGCUUGUUGGAGAGGUUACAUUAGUACAUCAAUAAGUGAUGGCCCUGGGUGCUUAAUGUUGAGAUGCCCUGAUCCUUCUUGUAGUGCUGCUGUUGGUCAAAACAUAGUUGAGCUAUUGGCUACUGAUGAAGAUAAAGAGAAGUACUCACGUUAUCUUCUUAGAUCUUAUGUUGAAGAUAAUAGAAAGAUAAAAUGGUGUCCAGCUCCUGGUUGUGAGUUUGCCGUGGAGUUUGUUAUAGGCAGUGGUAACUAUGAUAUUUGCUGCAGCUGCUCAUAUAACUUCUGUUGGAAUUGCACUGAGGAAGCUCAUCGACCGGUCGAUUGUGUCACAGUAGCAAAGUGGAUCUUGAAGAACAGUGCUGAAUCUGAAAAUAUGAAUUGGAUACUAGCAAACUCAAAGCCUUGUCCAAAGUGCAAACGUCCAAUUGAGAAAAACCAGGGAUGCAUGCAUAUAACAUGCACACCUCCUUGUAAAUUUGAGUUUUGCUGGUUAUGUCUUGGAUCAUGGUCAGAGCACGGUGAGAGGACUGGUGGUUUCUAUGCUUGUAAUCGCUACGAAGCAGCAAAACAGGAAGGAGCGUAUGAUGAAUCUGAAAGGAGGAGAGAAAUGGCUAAAAAUUCUCUUGAGAGAUACACACAUUAUUAUGAGCGCUGGGCUACCAAUCAAUCAUCGAGGCAGAAGGCACUGGCAGAUCUUCACAGUAUGCAAAAUGAAAAGCUUGAGAAGCUAAGUGAUAGGCAAAGUCAACCUGAAUCCCAGCUCAAGUUCAUAAUAGAAGCCUGGUUACAGAUAGUGGAGUGUCGACGAGUCCUGAAGUGGACAUAUGCCUAUGGUUAUUACCUUCCAGAGCAAGAACAUUCCAAGAGACAGUUCUUUGAAUAUCUACAAGGUGAGGCUGAGUCUGGUUUGGAACGCCUUCAUCAAUGUGCAGAGAAGGAGCUCCAAGUUUACCUUGAUGCAGAAUCUCCUAUGAAGGACUUCAAUGACUUCCGGACCAAGUUAGCUGGACUCACUAGCGUAACUAGGAACUACUUCGAGCAUCUUGUUCAAGCCCUGGAGACUGGGUUGGAGGACGUUGGUUCGUCCAACAGCCAAGCCACAUGUAGCAAGAGUUCAAGCUCGAAAAUUUUGGGCAACAAAAGUAAAAGUGGCAAGAUCAAACCAUCUGGGACAAGCUCUGCAGCCGGUGCUCCCAGCCGCAGCAUGGACGAUGGCAAUCUCUGGUCUUGCGACCACUGCACCUUUGCCAACCCAAAGUCCACUAACACAUGCCAUAUGUGUGAGCAUCACAGGUAGUCCAGCCCAGUUUAUAGACCAUCCGCUGCAAUUUUUCUGUAAAGUUUGCCCUUGAGCCUGUUCCUUUGGUCUAUGAUGAAACAAUACAUAUCUGCAAUGUUGGCAAGAAGCUAUUUAUAUUACCUUAGGUUAAAAUAUCUUGCCACUGAAGUAGGAGAAUAACCCGGUGGGAAAAUAGACCUAGAGCAUAAGAUUUAAAAAAGAAAAAACCAUGAUCUGCUGCCUCUUUAUGUAGUGUUCUGCUUGUUUGUUGUACCUUGACACUCGUCCGUUUUGUAUAUAUUUUUACCUCCUUAUGCUGCUCAGUUGAGCAAAGUUCAGCAUGCCAAUGUAUUCAUGAUUGUUGUAGCAA